AUGCGGCAGUCUGUGCUGGCCGUGAGACCUGACGAGCCAAGCGAUCCGAGCAGAGACGGGCGGUGUGCUCACACGCUGGGGGGCCCUCUGCCGUUUCCUGGGAACCCUACAGUGGCCCCCACGGGACGAAGCCAGACUGGCGUGCUGAUGGCUGCCACACGGGGCCCAGUCACCCGCCACCCCUGCCGACAGCCUGUCAACCGCCAGGCUGCUCGAGCGGUCAGCCCUUCAAGCACAGAAACGUCCUCAGAGCGGCUUCAGGAGACGGGCCGACCCCUCGCCCGUCAUCAUGCCUCCACACCCUCUUCAGCUUUCAAAUCUACUCAUUCGCUGCUGGUUCCACAAGCUGCGAUUCUCAUCCACAAAUAUUUAGGCUCCGAGACUCAGAACAUCCGCUGA